ACUGUUCUACUUUAAGAAAUAGAGUAGAGUAAAUUUAAUAAUAGUUAAUUCAAUAAUGAAAAGUGCGAAUUUAAUUAAGAUUUUGAUAAUAAUUAAGAAAGCAUUGAAAUAUAAAACGAUAAGUAAAGAGUUUGUUAAAUAAUACUUAAUUUGCUUGAAAAUUCAUUAGAUUAAUUAAAUAAAACAAAAUUAAACUAUAAAUAUGUAAAGCUAUUAAUAAAAGUAAUUAAAGGUAAAGAUGAAAACUCUAACUUAAUUGAAUUUAAAGUUAUUAAUAAUGUUGAAUUAAAUUAUUCUAAAUAAGAGAUAUUUCUAGUUUAAGAGUCUUUGAAAGUAGAGAGAGAGAUUAAAAAUAGCUACUUUAUGUGGAAUUCUUAAAGCUGCUUAUAGCCUACUUAGAUAGGAUUAAAAAUAAAUUAGAAGAUAUUAGAAAAAAUAUCACCUUACAAUUUCAUGAAUAUAGUUUGUGAUGAUGAUAAAAUAAGUUUCUCUUUCUAUAUAUUUUAAAAUUGUAAUAUUUUAUAAUAAGAUUACAAAUAGGAUUUCUAAAAUAAGCUAUUAGACGAAAUUAGAGGUUAAUCUUAGACUUAGAAUGAAAAUUCAUCAUUUAAGAUUGAAGAAGUUUUAAAAUAAAUCCACUAAUAACAGAUUGCUAAUGAUUUGUUAAAGAUAUCUAAGAAUACAUAUUCUGAAAAGGAAGAAAAUUAAUAGAAAAAUUUAACUUACUGCAAUGAGGAGCCUAUUUACAAUUAAACCAUUGAAAUUAACACAAGUUUUGUAAAAAACGAGUUAAAAAUUGAUUAAUUUGAUGAGAGAGUAGAUCAAAAAGACUUAAAAGUUAAAGAAUUUAUCUCAAAGAAUGUGGAAUCAUUAAAUAACAAAGAAAAUUAGUGA